UCAACAUCCAAUGCAUUCUGGGAUGUAGCAUGAAACACAAUGGCGGCGAAACUCAAUCAUUUGCAACUUUUUGUGGUUUAUUAUUCGCUCAUAGCAAUAUUGCUACAAAUUAGUGUAACGUGUGCUACAGAGUUAACGUGGGACGACAAUGGCUACAUUUUAUAUUGUCCUUGCAUGGGUCGAUUUGGAAACCAAGCCGACCACUUUCUGGGUUCUUUGGCAUUCGCAAAAAUCCUGAAUCGCACACUGGCAGUUCCCCCCUUCAUAGUGUACCGGCACCACGCGCCACCAUACUCAAAUGUACAUGUCCCCUACAGUGAGUUCUUCCAGCUGGAAGCCCUGACCCACUACCACCGUGUGGUAAGCCUGGAGGAUUUCAUGGAGCAGCUUGCCCCAACACACUGGCCUAAGGGACAGAGGGCAGCCUACUGCUUUGAGUCAGCUGCCCAGAGGAGCGUGGACAAGAAGUCCUGCCCCAUGAAGGACGGGAAUCCUUUUGGUCCAUUUUGGGACCACGUAGGAGUGGAGUUUGACAGGUCUGUCCUGUUUGACGGCCUGUCCUUCAGUUCCUACCACCAACCUCAUUGGCUCAACAAGUUCCCUCCGUCAGAGCACCCUGUCCUGGCCCUGCCUGGUGCCCCGGCCCAGUUCCCUGUCAUAGAGGAAUAUGUGGGUCUACAGCGGUAUGUCGUUUGGACGGAGAGGAUGGUGCAGGAGGGACAGGAACACAUUGCUGCUCUGCUGCCCAGGCCAUACGUGGCCAUACAUCUGAGGAUCGGCUCUGAUUGGGUUAAUGCCUGUAAGCUGCUCCAGAGUGGGGAUACUGGGCCUCACUUCAUGGCCUCUCCUCAGUGUGUGGGUUAUAACCGUCACACCGCUCUGCCCCUCACCAUGACCAUGUGCCUCCCUGACCUGGCUGAGAUCCGCCGGGCCCUUAAGCUCUGGGUCAAGAAAACCUCUGCCCGUUCUGUUUACAUCGCCACAGACUCAGAGUCCCACCUCGCUGAGAUCCAAAAACUCUUCAAGGAUAAGGUGAAGGUGGUGAGCCUCAAGCCGGACUCUGCCCAGUUGGACCUGUACAUCCUAAGCCAAGCUGACCACUUCGUUGGGAAUUGUGUGUCCUCGUUCUCUGCUUUUGUCAAACGAGACCGGGAUGUCCAUUCCCGUCCGUCGUCUUUCUUCGGAAUGGACCACGCUGGAAAAAUGUACAAGAAACAAGAGCUGUGAAGAUUUUCCGUUUCUGGGUAGUCCAUCCUGAAGAAAGAUGACAAAUGGCUUUUCAAUCUUGGGUGAGGACUUGGACAGUGCAUUGUGGGAAUGUGAUCUACUCCAUCCUCAUAUUACACAGCGGUGUAGUAAUAUUUUUUUCGUGGGGGGGGGGGCUCAGAUCGCCGUUCGCUGUGAAUAAAGUAACGCUUUCAAUGCAUGUUUCCUGCAAAAGGUAGGUAAAAAACUAAAAAUGUUGUGUAAACUGUGUUUACUUGGGUUUAGCCUCUCGUACACCACUGCUAUUAAACAAUCAGUUACACUAUUACAUAACUAUUACAUAACAAUUUCCACAAUACUUUCUAUAGCCACAGCUACGUGUCUCAAUUUCCACAAUACUUUCUAUAGCCACAGCUACAUAUGUCUCAAUUUCCACAAUACUUUCUAUAGCCACAGCUACAUAUGUCUCAAUUUCCACAAUACUUUCUAUAGCCACAGCUACAUAUGUCUCAAUUUCCACAAUACUUUCUAUAGCCACAGCUACAUAUGUCUCAAUUUCCACAAUACUUUCUAUAGCCACAGCUACAUAUGUCUCAAUUUCCACAAUACUUUCUAUAGCCACAGCUACAUAUGUCUCAAUUUCCACAAUACUUUCUAUAGCCACAGCUACAUAUGUCUCAAUUUCCACAAUACUUUCUAUAGCCACAGCUACAUAUGUCUCAAUUUCCACAAUACUUUCUAUAGCCACAGCUACAUAUGUCUCAAUUUCCAUAGCAGCCAAGUUAGCAGGAGCUCAGGUCACCCUGUUAGCGGGAGCUCAGGUCACCCUGUUAGCGGGAGCUCAGAUCACCCUGUUAGCAGGAGCUCAGAUCACCCUGUUGAACCUUGGGUGGGUAAGACUUCCAGUGUAAUGUCCCUGUCUGAUCAUGUGCUCCAGCUAUUACGUGUUGCUCUCCCUCCCUCCUAUCCUUCUUUAAUACGAUGUAAAGGCGACCUGGUGGAUGAGGGUGGGAAAUAACCCUCUCAGGAGUGCAGUAACUGAUACUGCAGAUACUAAUUAUAAAGGGGAGGUUGACAGUCUUCCUCCUACAUUUUCUAAUGUACGUAUGUAAAUGAUUACUGUAUCAGCUUUUGUAAUCGGUUUCUGAUAUUUUUGAAGAGUUGUACCUGCUAGCUAGUUGUAUUAUUGCUCUGUGAUGAAAAUGACUGGGAACAUGACAUUUAUGCAAAUAACCCUAAAAUGUGAUGACUGAGCUUCCUCGGUUAGAUAAAUGGAGAAGAUUCAGGCUUCACUGGUGAAUACAUGUCUGUAGCCUUGAAUGAAACGAGUUAAUGCAUAUUCUCGCUUUUGACAUGUUCAAUUUUUCAAUGCAUUUCUUUGAAUAACAUUUUCCAAAGUUAUAUUGACCCAAUUUUGUAAGAGACAUUUGCUCCCUAUUUAUUAUGAUUGAUCUUCAGCUGUUACCUAGGAACAUGUUGCUAGGCUACUCCAUAGAGUAGCAGGACAAAGACACUGAUUGACUGUGAUGUCAAUAUCUUAGGCUGAACAUUCCAGGAGUAUUUGCGUCAUACCCAAGAAGACUCGAGGCUGUAAUCACUGUCAAAGGUGCUUCAACAAAGUACUGAGUAAAGGGUUUGAAUACUUA